UAUAGGUGUAUAUAUAUAUAUAAGUGUGUUACAUGUUAUAUGUUGAGCGUUACUACAAAUUGUAGUAAUGAUAUAAACUUCUUUCUGUGCAAAUUUCUGAUAGAAAAUUACAUAGAUUUAUGAGUUACUCUUGAAACGCAAAUAACAUACAUUCCAACACGAUUGAUGAGAGAUCAUAUUGAACACAUUUAAGCUGUUCAAUCUCUAUAAAUGGACGACGAAAAGCAGAAAGAUGAGAUCAGUGCAUUGGAAAGUAUUUACAACUCGGAAGAAUUUUCAUAUUUCAAGGAGAACGAUCAAUAUCAAUGUGCCUUCACAAUAUUUAUAAAUCUUCCUGAAGAUUAUCACAUAAUCUACAAGAAUUUGAAGCAGCCAGAUGAGCCUGAACAGAAAAUCAAGUUGUCUCAUUUACCACCAUUGAUGCUUCAUGUCAUUUUGCCAGAAAAUUAUCCUUCUGAAUCACCACCUGAAUUCACUCUAUAUUCCUCGUGGUUACACCUUGCCUCACUCAUUAAAUUAUGUAAAAAGCUAGACAAACUAUGGGAAGAGAACAAAGGGCAAGAGAUAUUGUUCACAUGGAUGGCCUUUUUGCAUGACGAAGCUCUCGCCGAUGUAAAAGAGAAAUUGAACAUGAGCCGGCCAUACACAUACUAUAAAGAAUUUAUGGAGAAGGCUCAUAAUAUUCAAAAGAAUAAAAUAGAAAAUGUAGAUAAAGAACAUACCACUGAAGCUGGCAAGAACAGUACAAGGGUCGGAGUGAACGUAAAACGUUUAUGUAGAAGAAGCCUAGCGCAGAAGCAUCAGGACAAGAGAGCCGUUCUCAAUUAUCCGAUUGGGAGGAAUCCUAUUCAAGCCUUAAUCGAUUACAACGAGAAACGUAAUCAGAUCGAAUUUAAGAAGAAUUUCUACACUUGUAGAAUUUGCUUUCUGGAUAAAAUAGGGGAACAUUGUACGCAAUUUUUACCUUGCGGUCAUGUGUUCUGUAAGGAUUGCGUGACUGGGUACUUAGAAGUGAGAAUCAAGGAUGGAAAUGUGCAAAAUAUUUCUUGUCCCGAAGAAAAGUGUACUUCCGAAACUACUCCAGCACAGAUAAAAGAUCUGGUGAGCUCGGAGUUAUUUGCAAAAUACGAUUCUAUAUUACUGAGUGCUACGCUAGAUACUAUGGGGGAUAUAGUAUACUGUCCCAGACGUAGUUGUCAAUAUCCAGUUAGUCGUGAGCCAAAUGAACAGAUGGCAAAUUGCCCGAUAUGUCAGUACGCAUUUUGCGUUUAUUGCAAAUCAGUAUAUCAUGGGAUAGAACCAUGCAAAAUUUAUUCAGAUGAAGUACAGAAAAUUGUAGCCGAAUAUCAAGAAGCUUCCAAGGAAUCGAAGUUGCACAUGGAGCUACGUUACGGUAAAAAGCAGUUGCAGAACUUGGUGGAGAAUGCUUUGUCUGAGAACUGGAUCAAAACUAACAGCCACAAGUGUCCUAAGUGUCAGCUAUCAAUCGAGAAAAUGGACGGUUGCAAUAAAAUGGUAUGCUGGCGGUGCAAAACAUUUUUCUGCUGGCUAUGUAAAACCAUUCUUGAUCGCGACAAGCCGUAUCGUCAUUUCCAAGACAUGAAUUCCCAUUGCUAUAACAGGCUGUUUCAUGGAGUUGUGAUCGAAGACGAUGAGGACGACGGUGACGACAAUAAUGAUGAAGUGGAGAUGCACAUCUUGAGAUACGAAGAAGACCGGGCACGCUAUUACGAAAUGUAUGAUUACGAUAUGAAUGAUAUAAUAUAAAAUGCAAAUUAAGCUUGAACCAUUUUCCGGUAUUGGUAUAGCUAGUGAAACAAUUUACACAAUCAUGUUUUGUUAUAAAUUUUUUGAGGUGCCGACAGCAGUUUUGCUUACAAUUAUUUUUUUUACGAGUUUUUGUGUUCCAUAUUUAUAUAUAUUGGUGCCUGCACAAAGGGCGUAUUAUAAUUCUGUAUAUUUUGAUCAAUUUGUUGUACAAAUAUCAAUUGAAUUGGAAAUUAUUUCCUCAAGGAGUUUCUAUGCAAAAAAUCUUCGACGAUGCAUGUUCUCAGAAAAAUCACGUUUUAUAUUCUGAGGGAAAAGUCAAGUUACAAAAUCAUUGUAAACGACAUGUAAGAAUAUAUACCAAUAAACAAAUUAUUUAAUAUAAAAGGA